UCAGACGAUUUUGAUAUAGGUAUUUUAACCGACUCUUGAAUCUUCACUGCCACUCCGUGCAAAAUAUCGAUUCCAUUUUUUUAAUCAUACUAAUUGCUACGGAAAUGAGCAUUCCGUUGACCGACGUCGUGCCAACCACAAAAUUAAACUGGCACCAUUUCAAUUUUAUUUUAGAAUUAAGAACAUAAACGCGUCCCGAUAAUUAUGACACUUUAGUCGGUUUAAAGUCGGCCUAAACAUGAAAAUUGCCUACCAAAAUGUGAUCUGGUGGUUUUUUUUUGCCGUUUACAACUACAUGUCUCUGGCACAAGACGAGCCAUUAAAUGUGGACGUGGUCGGUUUCUUCGACGAGAAAAAUGGACUCUCAGAAAUCGCCUUCCAGACUGCGAUUUCUAAUCUCAACACUAUGAAGGACGAAAUUCGUUUCAACCCCAUGUCUUUCGUCGUCAACACGACUGACAGUUUCGAAAACAGCAAAUCUUUGUGUGACAUCGUCGAAACGAGCAAUGUAGGCGGCGUUUUCUGUCCCACAUCGGCAAAAAUAGCUCCAAUUGUCGAAUCGGUCGGAGAUAAUUUAAAUAUUCCCGCCAUUCAGGUCGGUUGGAGGCCUUCUGCGACUUACACAGAUAUACUGGUCAACGUUUACCCUGUCCCCACGUUGCUUUUCCAAGGACUUAGGGCCAUAGUCAGGAAUCUGCAAUGGAGGAGCAUCGUUGUGUUUUACGAAACGGCAGAAAAUUUAAUUCGGCUUCAGGAUAUUUUGAAAACGCAGGACUAUAAUUCGGGCAAUAAAUACAACUCUUUGAUGCUCAAAGAGCUAGGACCAGGACCCGACUAUAGAUCUGCAUUGAAGCAAAUCCAAAAUAAGAGCGAAUACAGAAUCAUACUCGACUGUAAAACUGAAAAUAUCGUUCCAAUUUUGCGCCAAGCUAAAGAAUUGAAGUUGUUAGAGCCACACUUUAGUUACUUUCUAACUUCUUUGGACGCACAUACGGUGGAUUUGAAAGUCUUAAACUCCUCUGUAAACGUAACAACAGUUCGGAUUUUUGAACCCGAAAGCGACAAUUUUAAAACCGCAAUCAGCAAUUGGAAUAAUUAUAUGAAAAAAAUGAAUAUUCCGGGCGUUGGUCUGGAUCCGUAUUCCGUCAAGACAGAAACAGCCUUGAUGCACGACUCGGUCCACAUGUUUUUGAAAUGUAUCACAGAUCUGCACGCCACAGGAAAAUCAGUCGAACCGACGAAAUUGAGCUGUGAAAAUGUAGAUGAUAAAUGGGUGCCUGGUUUCGACAUUGCUUCAUUUAUGAAAGCGUACACUCACGAAACCGAAGGUUUAUACAGCAUAACAACUCCUAUGAAGUUCGAUCAUUUAGGCCGAAGGACCAAUUUUUCCAUUUUCGUGGUCGAAGGCAAUCGAGAUGAUGUUGUGGCUAAAUGGAACCCUUCGGAUCCCGACGUUUUGCAAUUUUUUAAAAGCGAGGAAGACCGAAAUAAAGAAUUGGAACGGAAAUGGAGCGAGGGAAUUGUCACGGUUGCUUCUAUAUUAGGGCCUCCCUACCUCAUGAAGAAAAAACCAAAGUCAGAAACUGAUCUCCUCGAAGGCAAUAAUCGCUACGAGGGAUUUUCAAUGGAUUUAAUAGCGUUGUUGGCCAAGGAUCUAAAUAUCAAAUUUAAAUUUGAAGUUCUCGAGAGUGGGCAACGGGGGGCCUACGACAAAGCCACCAAAUCUUGGAACGGCCUAGUCCGCGAGAUUUUAGACAGAAGGGCCGAAUUGGCUAUUUGCGACCUGACCAUUACCCCCGAACGGAGAGAAGUCGUCGACUUUAGCACCCCUUUUAUGCGUUUGGGGAUCAGUAUUUUGUACAAAAAGGCGGAAGCGAAAGAGGCGAACAUGUACGCGUUUUUGGACCCCUUUUCAGUAAAAUUGUGGUUAUAUUCAGCCACCCUGUAUCUUGGCAUAACAGUCGUCUUAUUUUUUAUUUCGAGGAUUUCGCCCCAAGAUUGGGAAAAUCCGCACCCUUGUGAGCAGGAACCCGAAGAGCUUGAGAAUAUCUGGGAUAUGAAAAACUGUCUUUGGCUCACUCUUGGGUCGAUAAUGAACCAAGGCUGUGAUAUUCUUCCAAAGGGGUUGGCUCCAAGAAUGGCGGCUUCAAUGUGGUGGUUUUUCAGUAUAAUCGUCACCAAUUCGUAUAUGGCGAAUUUGGCUGCGUUUUUGACGAAUGAGAGAAGUCAAGCAUCGAUAAACAGUGCUGAGGAUUUAGCUAAACAAACGAAAAUAAAAUAUGGAACUUUGGAAGGGGGUUCGACACAAAAUUUUUUCAGGGAUUCAAACUAUUCGCUUUAUCAACGAAUGUGGACUAGCAUGGAACAAAGUAAACCUUCUGUUUUUGAAAAAAGUAAUGACGACGGUGUUGCUCGAGUUCAAAACACCAAAAACCGGCUUUAUGCCUUCUUAAUGGAAUCCUCAACACUUGAGUAUCAAAUCAUGACCAAGUGUGACUUAAAGCAAGUCGGGAAUUGGUUAGACAGCAAGGGAUAUGGGAUUGCGAUGCCUUUAGAUUAUCCACAUCGAAGUCGCAUUAAUGAAGCUUUACUCAGGAUGCAAGAAAAAGGUGAAAUAAAUCGAUUAAAAGAUAAGUGGUGGAAAGAAAAAAGAAGUGAACCCCCAUGUCCGAAAGAAGCCGAGGACCAAGACGCCAAUAAAUUAGCUUUACAAAACGUGGGUGGUGUAUUCAUUGUGUUAGGUGUGGGCUUGGCUCUGGCAUAUAUUGUGGGAAUUUUAGAAUUUUUAUGGAACGUCCGGAGCGUUUCAGUCGAUGAACACAUUUCGUACAUGCAAGCACUGAAAGUAGAGUUAAUGUUCGCACUUGAUGUCCGGAAGACGAAAAAGCGAGCCAAACCCGCAGUCUCCGAAUCAUCAUCUUCUUCACGAUCGCCAAGUAUGGCUCGGAGUUUUCUACAAAGUGCUGGAUCUUUUCUUAGACUGGAUAAGAUAAACCAGCUUGAAACGCCUGGAUCUAGUAGACACACCUCCAGGCCUUUGGAAUAAUUUGUUUUGACAAAAAAUAAAUAAAGAUGUUUAAUGUGUAAUUCUCUGUAAUUCAAAAUAAAGAACUGAA